GUGUUUAUGAGGUUAUGCCAAAUAUAGGAAACUUUACAUAAAAAAUAAUCACAGAAAUUUCGAGUAGAGGAAAACAUUUUGUUAUCGUUCUGACCACUAAACCAACAGCAACGCCUUCUUAGUUUUCAGGUUAGCAGUUUCCCUUAAGGAAGAGGGGGAAUCAAUCGGGCACCAUGCACCUGCAGGGGCAGCACUAGUGCAGGGCUUUUUAUAUUUUUCGCCAUUAUGGAGGUCCCGCUUUAUGAUUCAGCUGUUUGUCGAUUAUGUGCCGAAGACAACGGCAACGGGGAAUUCUUGUAUACAGCCGAUGGAGAAGAUGCAGAUUUAAGCUCCAUGGUGAAUCGCUACUUGCCACUGAAGAUUCGAGAUGAUGGCAAGCUACCUCGCACAAUUUGCCCUGGGUGCAAUAUACAGUUGGAGGCAACUGUACAAUUCUUCGAAUUGCUUGUUGAUGGACAGAAAAAGAUUCGUGAAAUGUGGAAAUCGCAAGUCGAUCAACAGCGGAAAGCUGAAAGAGAAAGACUUCGAGCGGAAAGAGAGCACACCGAGCUAGAACUCGUUACCCCAGAGCUCGAUAAUUUUGGAUUACAGACAGAGGAUGACCAAGUUGAAAGGCAAAUUGUUAUCAAAAUUAUGCCGGAUGGAACUUUAUACACAGCCGAGCAUGAGAUGAGUUUGCAAAUGGAAGGAUUAGAAAAGCCCAGGAGAAAAAGGGGCCGCCCUCCUAAAGUUCAGGCUGAGGUUGAACUCAAGGAUUUGACAAAAGAGAUGAAACAUGAAGCUGGUAGCCAAGGAGAGGAUGAAAAGCAAGAAGAGGAGCUGGAGGAGGUAGAUGGGGAUGGGCGACGCCGCCGAAAACGGAAGGUGCCCAAAAGAUUCAUGGAGGCUGUGCAGGGCAAAGAGCUUGAGAGAAUAUUCAAAGAGGAAGGGGUAAUAGAUGAGGAAGAGGAUGAUAACGAACCAGAUAAUGACUAUGAUGAUCCAGAGGAGCGACUUAAUCUGCCAACUCCUGAUGGGCAUGAAGAAAUCAUUGGCCAUUUGGAAACUCAAGAAGGCAAAGACUUGGGUGAGCUUGUUAUCGUGAAUCGUGGUAGAGGGAGAGGUAGACCGCGUCUUCGGAAGCGAAAAACCAAGUUCACCUGUCAUUUAUGCGGUAGAGGAUUUUUACAACGCAGCAGAUAUAUAAUGCAUAAGAGCUUUCACAAAGGUGUCAAGUAUGAAUGUCUCGAGUGUAAGAAGCAGUUUACAAAUAGAGACAACUUUGGGCUUCAUCAGAAAACCUCGGGGCACACCGGGGAAGGAAUAAUAGAAAAUCAAGUAGAUAAUGAAGUUCGUAGUCAAGGGUCCUCCAUUGCUGAGGAGGGUGCAAACAUUGUAACUGGCGUGUCCCGAGAAGUGCAAGAUACUGUCGGAGAAGUUCUGCCGAUUGAUGAAGGUGCUCCCCUGGAGGAUGAUGGGCAAGUAACAGAGUGCGAACAAUGCCAAAAGCAGUUUCCAUCGAGACAGAGCUAUGAAGUGCAUGCAAAGAUGGUGCAUCAAGAAGAAAAACCAUACACAUGCAAUCUUUGCAACAAAACCUUCGCCUAUCACACAAGCCUGAAGGGACACAUGCUCGCCCACGAAGCCAACAAGUCCGACAAAGGAUUUCCCUGUGACAUUUGUGGUAAGGUCCUGAAUCAUCCUAGCUCGGUUGUCUAUCACAAAGAGGCUGAGCAUAAUAACGGACGUCGUUUCGUUUGUAAUAAAUGUGGAAAAAGUUUCAAACACAAACAGCUGUUGCAACGUCACCAACUCGUACACUCGGACGAUCGUCCAUAUGUAUGCAAAUCCUGUGGUGCGACGUUCAAGACCAAGGCCAAUCUCAUCAAUCAUCAGUCCAUCCACACCGGGGAAAAGAAAUACUUUUGUGAAAUAUGCGGGCAACAAUUCGCACAUAAAACUAGUCUCACGCUUCACUAUCGAUGGCAUACCGGCCACAAGCCCUACACUUGUGAGGUCUGCAGCAAAAGCUUCUCACAGAAUGGAAACCUUCAGGAACACAUGCGAAUUCACACUGGAGAGAAGCCCUACUGCUGCGAUUACUGCGGAAGAAAAUUCACUACCUCCUCACAGUUCAAGCUCCAUGUUAAGCGGCACACGGGCGAACGACCAUGGAAAUGUGAAUUCUGCGCCAAAUGUUUUCUUCAUAAGGAUACAUGGAAAUGUCAUGUCAGACGGCACAAAGGUGAACGUCCAUUUCAAUGUGCGCACUGUAAUCGUGGAUUCACCGAGCAGUGGGCUCUCAAAAAACACCUCAGAUUGCACACAGGAGAGAAGCCGUAUUCUUGUAAUAUCUGUGGGAAAGCAUUUGCUGAUUGCUCGAACCUGACGAAACAUAAAAAGGUGCACAGAGAAAACAAGGUGGUAGGGGUUGGCGAGUUAUCGGAGAAUUCCGCAAUGGGUGAGGUGUGGCAAAUAUUGCCGGGAUCACACGAAGGAGACGAAAAUUCUCUCGGAGAUCAGGUGAACCAAGUACUUCCCACUGAUGAAGCAUCCGGUGAUGGACUUCAACAAAUAAUAUACGUCUCCUAUCAAGAUCCAGACGAUCCAAACCAGUCGAGAACCCUCCAUUUCGUCGAUGUUGGAAUGAUGGAAAACAAAGAGGUUGCUACUGCCCCAGGCAGUCAAUCGUUGCCAUCACUAGAAGCUGAAGAAGGAGACGAGGUGACGGAACAUGUGACGCAGGAUGAAGAAAAUCCCGAACCAGAUGAGAGAAUCAACAUGGAUCUGGCGGAGUCUGACCUACAACUACAGAUAACUGACGAAGAGGGAAAUCCUAUUCCACUAUCGAUUCAGGAUGCGCGACAGCUACUCUCCGAAGGCCAGUUCGUGAGCCAACUUGAAGAUGGACAGACAAUCCGAGUGCACUCUGGAGUUUUGACACAAGAGCUGGCGCAGCAGCUCGAAGUUGACGAUCAGGGUUCUGUGGGAACGGAGCAAACCGACGGAGUUGCAGUGGAUGCGACCGGAAAUGCUGUGUCGUUGACUCCGAGUCAUACCCAUGCCGACGCAGAAGACAUCGUCAAGGCUUUGGAGGACGAGGACACCGAUGCAACAGCAGUUGCUGCUGUGAACCACCAACUCGAGACGGAAGAACAGACGGAGAUGAUGGAUGGAGAACAGACAAUAGAGUUUACGACCCAGGACGGGCAAAAAGUACGCUUAGUCACCUCCUACCACGUGGAUCCAAUGCAACUCGCCUCAGAGUACCUUACUAUUGUUUAAACUUUGAGAAAUCAAAUAAUACAAGGAUUCCGCCGAAA